AUGCCCACUCUUGCAGGACAACGAUGGACUCUUCAACAGUGGUUGAAAUGUGGAAAGAGAUUCUUUCAAGCUCCUCGAGCAUAUCUUAUAUACGAUGACUCCAUUGAUAUCAAAAAGGCGGCAAACUGUUGGUCGGAGCUUUGCCGGGCACACGACGUUCUGCGGACUACCUUUGUUAGCAUCUCCGACUCCCCGUUAAUGCAGGUCACUCUGGAUGAGAAGUUCACGGUAGCCCAAAGCUUGAAGGUGGUCCAGGACAACACAAGCACGAUUGCUGAUUUGAUUGAAAAGCAUGUUCGUGAGGAUAACAAGAAUCCGUCGGACCUCAAGAAGCCUCCGGUUCAUCUCUCUUUCCUUGAGGCAUGUGAUGGAAAGGCAGUCAUUCUUCGGGUUCAUCAUGCGCUCUAUGAUUCAUGGAAUGUGAAAAUGAUCCUGAAGGAUCUUUUUAGCCUGUUUGCCGGGGGUUCUACAUCGCAAUACCCUCCUUUGCAACGCAGUGUCCAAGAAAUCAUCAGCAUCAGACAGCCGGAAGCUGAAACAAACUACUGGAAGCAGUAUUUAUCCAAGGCACAAGAUACAAUCGUCUAUUCUGGUUUGGGUGCGAACAGCAACAAAAACACCAUGAGACCGCACUUCAAGAUCACCACAGAUACCUCUUCACAGGAUAUUUCCAAUGCUCUUUCAAACUCAAUCAGCAGUAAAUCUCAUACCUCUGCUGCAAUCAUCAUCGCCUAUGCUCGUGCGCUCGGUCAACUGACCGGUCGCUCGCAACCAACUUUCGGUUUCAACCAUUCCUCUCGCUCAUUGGAAUCUCCGAAUGGAGAAAGCAGUAUCGACCUUACUGGCAUGAGCAUUCCGACCAUGACCGUAACGCCAUUGACCGUGGAUAUCGGAACUCCAUCCAGACAAGAGUCCUUCGAAGCUGUGCAAGGCCAUCUAGCCCAGCUUACAAGAUUCGCUCAAGCUGACAAUCUGGAUACUUUGGCACCCAAGUCAAACUCUACCAUCAAUAUCAUCUACCCGGAAGAGAACGGGAACGGGCAUAUCAAUGGAACCGAGAAGACGCAGCCGCUACAGCGCUAUAAACUCGAUGAACCACUCGCUACCGAUUACUUCACCAAUACUACACCAUCGUCGAUCGCAUCGACUGUUGACGGCCUUGAUACAUCCCACAUACACGAUGAACAGCUCUAUUUCAAUGUCUUGGUCUUCCCAGAUGGGAAACUGAAGGUUAACGUGAGCGGUGAUGAGGAACUUCUGCGUGGUGACAAGGAUUUGGUCGCGAAGUUGGUGAACAAUUUCGUUACGGAGUUGUCUGGUUUGAUCCAGAAGUGA